UCGAGAGUCGAGAAUCGAGAUCGGGGUAUAAUUAAUUAAAAUUUAAUUAUGUUAAAUUAAAAAGGAAAAAAAAUAAAAAAUAAAAAGCAGAACAAUACCUAAGUCGACUACGUCUGAAUAGCAGAUAAAAUCUGUAUCAACACAUCAGAGAGUCGCUCUCCUCCGCCGCUCACCACGAAGCCGAGGUGGACCAAGGACUCCGGUAGGCUGUCGAACUACAGACACGACGCCGGCGAAUCUUUCGGCCGUUUAUUUCGUCCAGCUGCUCGAGAAACCGACGUACAAGUUUCAACAGGGUAGCCAGUUGAUCUUACAAUCAACAUGGUUGAACUUUUGUUCUUCAAAUGGAAAUGUAUCUGUGCAGAUGAAUGUACAGCCUGAACCAAUACAGUAAUGGGCCGAAAAGCUGGUUCGCUGUAUAUAAACUCGAAGAAAUUUGGGAAUGUCGCCAAACCUUGCAUGAAGGAAAUGAUAACAUUUCUUAAUUGCUUGUCUGUUAACCAGAUGAAUGAUGAGAAGUGCGUUCGGCAAAAGGAACUUUUGAGUACCUGUAUGGAUGCACAGACAAAUAAAAAGAAUAAGCCUUUUGGAAGCAUUAAUUACCACCUGCAGAGGCUUAGCAAGGGAAGGAAGUAGUUCAGAUUUAGGGAAGAAGCAUGUUUUAAACCUGCACAUCAUCUUUCAAGUUCAUCAGUUGAAAUAUUUAGCUGUGAGAAAGCGAUCUAAUUGUUGUUUUUCUAUUUUGAUUUUCAUGUACAACUGUUAGAAAAUUUUGAGGCAUUUUUACUUCGCAACUUUUGUAGUUUAAAUCAAUACAUAUGAACUUGUGGAUUUUCAAUAAUAUGUGAUCAGAGUUUUCGUGGCGUAGUUAGGAUGCAGUGAAGAAUCAUGAUCUGAAAUGUUACUUAAACAUGUAAUUUGCAUAUUUUAUUAAAAUCAUAGCACAGAGCUGUGCACCUUCGAACUAAGCUCUGCGAAGUGUAGGUUCUUGUGUCCAUCAUCUUGUCUUCAAGAAAUCUAAUCA